AAUAAGAGAAAGAACAAUUGGGGAAGAACAGAGAGAGGGAGGGAGGAUGGAUCAAUAAUGUAGGAUUUGUACUUUUAAUGGGAUGCCAUUUUGACUCGUGUGUUAUUCCUUCUUGCAGCUGUUGGGAGAUAUCUUGCUGGACCGUUCAAAUUCGGCUGUGAUGACUCGAUACGUUAGCUCACGGGACAACUUGAGGAUCCUUAUGAAUCUUCUGAGAGAGUCGAGCAAGAGUAUUCAGAUUGAAGCCUUUCACGUUUUUAAGUUAUUUGCGGCCAAUCAGAACAAGCCCCCAGAUAUUGUUAGCAUCCUUGUUACAAAUAGAAGCAAGCUUCUACGUCUCUUUGCUGAUUUUAAAACUGAGAAAGAGGACGAACAGUUUGAGGCCGAUAAGGCCCUGGUCGUCAAAGAAAUUGCUGCACUUGAACCGAAAUGAUACCCAUCAGUCUGUCUCCAAUUAUUUAUCAACUGUGAUGGCAAUGUUGUAUGGGUGAUUCCAGUCGAUGGUUUCUUUUUCCAAAUAUAUUUGUGAAUUAAUAGUUCUUAGCCCAAAUAUUACGAAGAUUGAUGCAAAAUGGAUUUGUAAUGUUCCAAUUCUGUAUUCAUAUAUAAUUUUAUUAACUCAAAUUUCUUUAGAAUA